CAUGGAGAAUGACUUACAGGUUAUUCUUCCUGAUGGAAAGCUAGAAAAUGCUGUGGAUGAGGGAUGUACUGGAUUUAGUUUAGUUUGGACUAACACUCCAGUCCAGUAGGUGACAGUAAAGCUAAAAUAACCGGCUUGCCAACCGCCAUUUAAUCCAAAGAAAGAAGUUGGCGUUGUUUUGUUUUUAGCUUGGUUUGCUUGUUCUGUGGACUGUACUGAAGUCAGCGGUAAAACAUGGGUCGAAAAUGCGCUUAUCCCGAGUGUAAAAGUACGGAGGGGUUGCACUCUUUGCCGUCCGACAGAGAGCUGGCACACCGCUGGCUGCAUGCUCUGGGGCGGGUCGACAUACCGUCGGCUUCUGUUUACGUGUGCAAUCUCCACUUUACCCGCGAGUGCUUCUCCAAUUACGCAGAGGUGGAAAUGGGAUUCAAAAGGCAGCUUCUCCUAAACCCUGAUUCUGUUCCUACGCCUGCAAAAGUGUUGACACAGGGGACCGGGGGCAGUUUCUGUCAAAUUGUGCCUGCUGUAAGACACGUAGCCUCCCAGACCGACCCUCCAGAGACGAUAUCAGACGGCACACAGCUAUCAAUGAAAACUCUGGCUGACCCCCCAAAGAGAAGAUCAGUCGGCACACAGCUAUCCAUGAAAACUCUGCAGAAUCACUUUCGAAGUAUAGCUACCCAGGCGAGAGUGCCCAGCAGAGAUUGCGGCGUGUGCACCCUCACCUUCCCCUUGGACAGUCCACUACUGCUACUGCAACCAACAAUCGUAAAGAGACCUCGACUCAGCCUCACAUUCGAGGAGGAAGGCCCUUCAGAAGGCAGGUCGAGUACGGGGGUUCAAGAACCAGGGGAUUCAACAUGACUCGAGCGAUGCAACGAGCCCUCAGCUGCUCCAUUGGAACUGUUUAAUAGUAGAUAACUGAACGUCUUUAGUCAAACUAAUACUUCUGUUCUGUUACUGCUAUAAACAGUGGAACGUGUUUGUGAUCUGACUGGCUGAAAGUUCAAAUGUUUUUGUCUACAAAGAUAGAAUUAAACAAACAUCCAUUUUAACUAUCACCAUUAAAACUGAACAUCACUGCUAAACAAGAAUUAAUAAGUAUUACUUAAAUCAGGUGAAAACGCCAGUGAAAUCUUUGAUAUGACAGAACGUAGAUGUACAGUAAAUAUUGUGACUGGAUGGUUCAGUUUCAGCUCAACACGUCUCUUCUACAGCAUGAAGUUGGUUCAUUUACAGGAUUUCAUGUUGAAAAUGUAUAAGAAAUGGUAACUAAAAGUGAAAAGAAAUUUCCACACAAAGUUUAAUGUAGCUUUUGUGUGAAGCUACUGGUAAUAUGUGACACAAUGACUGUCGAGCAGGCCAGCAUGGAAACUGUCAUUGUCGACCAGUAACCUGUCAGCAGCCUUUGUAAAGCUGGAUCCUAUCAACAGAAGUGGUUAUCUUUGUCUUUUUUAUAGGAAAAAAUAAAUGUGUUGUAAUAAAACGGUCUCGUUAUACUGA